GCGUGGAAAAGCACCCACCAGUAUUUGGGGCGAUACACCGUCGACAAGCUGCUGGCCUUUGAGGAGUACCAACGCGUUGCUAGCCCCCUGCGAGUCUUCGCCGUCAUCGCGCUAACGCCUCUCCCCGGUUUGUUGACCAUCGUGUUGAUUGCAGCGAUCCCUCUCGAGAGCCCCCUGAAGGGGGUAAGCGCGAAC